AUGUACGAUCGCCAGACAGAAGAGCUGAUACAAUCGUGCAAAAACUGCAUUUUGAGCUCAUCCAAGUGUACUAUUGAAUGUAGCACAUGUGAUGAAGAAGGUAUUAUUUGUGACGACUGCGAAACUCUUGGUUACGCCUCAACGAAUACACUCAACCGAAAGUGCAAACUUUGUCAACUGGAUGGCCUUCCCUGUACGCGGAUGCACGAAAUUUCAUGGAUAUCUGACUCUGAAGCUGCCCAGAGCGCCUACAUGACUGUUCUACAGGAGCAACACCAGAAAGUACCUAUUCCAGAUCCUCCACACGUUUUAAAACUUGUAAGAAGUUCGUUGUUCAAUUACUGGACAUUUGUUGGCGAUUAUCUGAUUAGCCUGAAGUUGUUGAGCAGUGCAAGAGGAGAAACAGAUGAAAACAUCUCCAAGCCAAUAGCCAAAGAACUUCCCCGUAGCUGUUUGCGUAACAAGGAUCAAAUGAACAUGACAACAGCAGUUGCCCAUUUUCGCAAGCAGUUGCUAGACACGUUGCCUGAUGAUGCAAUUGUUGCAACGCUGAUACCUGAGCAAGAUAGGUACUGGCGUCAAAAUCCUGCUGAAAGUGUCCUGAAGUUUCCGACUGCUGUGGCAUUUUCCUCUAAAAACAGUCUUCUGUUUAUUUGUGACAGAAAGAAGUCAACAAUUUUCAUGGCAAAUUUGCAUAAUCCCGUCUGCGCCAUUCCAAUUGCUGGCCCCAAAGCAGGAAUUUGUAAUCCUCAAGGCAUCGCAAUAAAAGAGGAUCAUCUGAUAGUUCUUCUAGGAGGAAACAACUCUGGUUUAAAGGUUAUCGAUAUUAAACAAUUGCUGAACAAGAGUCGUGCCCUUCUUCAACUCGAAGCUGAUGAAGCACAUGUCCAGCCUGAUGAAGGUGAAGCUUCAAGUCGAACCAGUCCAUCUGGUAAAGUGAAGGUUUACGAUGUACGUCUUUGGUCGACAGAAGAAUUGACCGAAGUCGGGUGUUUAGUUUCUCUUACUACGGCCCCUACAUCUGAGAACGAGCCGCUUGGGGUCGACACGUCCGUCCUCGCCCUCAGCUUUGACAAGAAGACCAUUUUCAAAAUAUCGCAGUUCGACUUUGACAUUCAGCAGAAGCGUUACAAAGCCCAACUGGAGAUUUAUUUUGUGGUAAACCAGGGUCAACCGCUUUGCAUUUAUGACGCUCCGGAAGGGCUCCUGAUCUCGAUGCACAACCAAGGAAUUGAAUGUCUUUCUCGUGAAGAGGCCUCUGUCGAACUAACCAGUGUUGUUAAAAAGGACCCGUCAGUUAUCCUUGGCAUUACUAAAACAGCACAAAAGCUCGUCUUCUCUGAUUCUCAUGACCAUUCAGUGAACUUUUGUAUUGAUGGCAAGGUAAUUCACUCACUGGGAGGAAGCCAGCCGGGGAUGCAAGACGGCUUUACUGUUAGGUUUCACUCGCCAUCAGCGCUUGUGUCAUAUGGAGAAUCUAUAUUUGUCUGUGACACCAGCAAUCAAGCUGUCAUACUAAUUUCAAGCUUAAAAAGCUAUAAACAUCUCGGAGAGAAAUUGGGGCUAUUUAUUGAACUCUUCCAACUUGAAGAAGAACUAUCAAGGAAGCCAAGUUUCCAACCAAGUUUGGAAGACGGGUUGAUUAUUCUCAAAGAAGCGGCGGAUUUCAUGAAAGACGUAGAGAGGCAGGCGUAUUUUCGAACAGGUCGAAGAUGUCCCCAGGGUCCUGAUCUAGCAUUGUCAAAACCUACGAGGGACGCUUUUAAAAUGCUUCAUUCGUCAUUUGAGAAAACGAAUUCGUUCUUCUCUGAAAACGAUUUGCAGCAUAUUGCAAAGGAUACAUGCUUUCCAAGUUUCACGACACUACAUGUGGAACAUUUCUUUGCGGGAAUGAGAACCCCAAGUCGUCCAACGCCAGACAUGCAUGAUUACGGCAGCCGCAGACCAAGCUGUAUUGUUGAAUCCGUACAGAAGGUGUAUCACUCUUCCUUUUCAGUGUAUACGGGACCCCAAAGCCACUACACCGAACGAACAAUAAACAAGAGGGAGCCUGAGGAGCUUUAUGAUCGUGCAAAGCUUAGCGAAGAACAUUUUAGGCAAGGAGAUAGUGUUAAGGAGAAAGAUGUUUUGCGUGAAAAAUCAAGGGAACUUAGGCUGUUUGCUAAAGAAUUUAGGCAAGGCGUACGGCAGCAAAGAGUAAGAGACAAAACGAAAGAAAAGGCUGGAACUCUCCCUCUAUCUCUAAGCAUGAUCCGAAGAGUUCAAACAAACCAAACUCAAAAUGUUGUUGACAUGCUUGAAGAGCUUCAAGCCUUAGACGCAGGACAACCUGAAACAGCACAGAUUGAAACUCGUCCAGUUCGUUUUUCAAAGGGAGAUGUAGUCGCCCUAAAACACAACUGGAAACGUUAUUUGGAGCCCUUUUUCCUUGCUAUUCUUCAGGAGGACCUUCAUUGCAGUAAUGGUGGCAUCCUUGAGCGUACCAUGCGUAUUAACUGGCUUGAGCCGUCAGAGGAAGAUGCACUAUUAUACACGGUAGGCAAUGAAGACAACAACAACCCACCUCAGUGUAUUUUAGAUAUUGUAACGGUGGUUCAGGAUGGUGAGAAAUUCAUUCUAUGCCGAAACGAGGAGCAACGCCUAAAAAACUUGGCUAACGGCUCUGACGAGGCUGAUUAUGAUAGCAGUAGUGAGGACGACAGUGAUGGUGACAAAAGUGAAGACGAUGAUGACCAACCGACUCGUUUCGAAGCUGGACGCAGUAGAUCUGGCAGGAGGGUGACACGAUUUGUGCUUUAA